AUGUAAUAAUAUUUUGAUUGGACAUUGACAGUUAUUUGACAACAAAUAGAAUAUCGUUUAUCAACUUUAACAAUCAGUAUGUAAGAUAUUUUUAAGUAAUUGUGGUUUUGGAAGAAGAACAGAGGUCAAAUAACUCGCCUCCACCGUGAAGAUAUUUAUUUUUUCAACAAGAAGAUAAAAUUAUAUUUGUAAUAGUGUUGAAAAAUUUUAGAGUUUGCAGUUAAGCCACGAUGGUUUUCCAAGGAUUUUCCUUCUUUGCCAUGGCCAUCGUGGGUGUUGGCGUCCUAGCUUACCAUUUUUAUAAAAACAGAGAAGCUUAUUUUUAUGAGAGCCCCCAGACUUACAACAUUUACAACCCCCCGGAACUUGAAUAUCCAACAAACGACGAAUCUAGCAUUCGCAAGAGGAAGGGGGCCAAAGUUGACACCUGUUCAAUUUGCAUGGAAUCUGUACAAAGUUCUGCAGUAUCGCUGCCCCGGGAAUCCCCCUCUUCCGCCAUUUCCCUGCCUUGCAAACAUUUGUUUCACUUUAGGUGUGUCAAAACUUGGCUUGAUAUGAACAAAACUUGUCCAAACUGUCGCGCAUUAGCCAAUGGAUUCUAAAGCAUUGAUAGGUUUAUUAAUUUUCUAAAUUUAUGUAGAGGGUGCUAGAUUAAUUAUUGGCGAGUACCUGUUUUAGAAAACGCACAAAAGCAUGGUGAUAUUUGACAAAAUAAUUGUUUUUCGGUUUGUGAUAUUUAGUUUCAGUUUGUAAUAAUCUCUAAUAGAAUAUUAUUUUGACGAGCAAGUGGGAUUUAUUUCUCUCUUGUAGAUUGUGAUAAAAUGCAUCUCGUGUAUUUUUGUGUGAACUGUUAUAGAUAAUUUUAUUAUUUCCUCAUUGUGUCACUCACGUAAUAUUUUCUUGUUCAUAUCAAUAGAUUUGUUUACUAAA